GGCACCGGCGAGAGCGGGAAAAGCACCUUCAUCAAGCAGAUGCGCAUCAUCCAUGGCGCUGGCUACUCCGAGGAGGACAAGCGUGGCUUCACCAAGCUGGUGUACCAGAACAUCUUCACCGCCAUGCAGGCCAUGGUGCGCGCCAUGGAGACACUCAAGAUCCUCUACAAGUAUGAGCAGAACAAGGCCAAUGCACUCCUGAUCCGGGAGGUGGACGUUGAGAAGGUCACGACCUUUGAGCACCAAUAUGUGAAUGCCAUCAAGACGCUGUGGAGUGACCCUGGCGUCCAGGAGUGUUAUGAUCGCAGGCGGGAGUUUCAGCUGUCUGACUCGGCUAAAUACUACUUGACGGACGUGGACCGUAUCGCCACCGUAGGCUACCUGCCCACCCAACAGGAUGUGCUACGGGUACGAGUGCCCACAACUGGCAUCAUCGAGUACCCGUUUGACCUGGAAAACAUCAUCUUCAGGAUGGUGGACGUGGGUGGGCAGAGGUCAGAGCGCAGGAAGUGGAUUCACUGCUUCGAGAAUGUGACAUCCAUCAUGUUCUUGGUGGCCCUAAGCGAGUAUGACCAGGUCCUGGUGGAGUCAGACAACGAGAAUCGUAUGGAGGAGAGCAAGGCGUUGUUCCGCACCAUCAUCACCUACCCCUGGUUCCAGAACUCAUCUGUCAUCCUGUUCCUCAACAAGAAGGACCUUCUAGAAGAUAAGAUCCUGCACUCACAUCUGGUUGACUACUUCCCUGAGUUUGACGGACCGCAGCGGGAUGCGCAGGCCGCCCGUGAGUUCAUCCUGAAGAUGUUUGUGGACCUGAAUCCUGACAGUGACAAGAUCAUCUACUCACACUUUACCUGUGCCACCGACACUGAGAACAUCCGCUUUGUGUUUGCCGCCGUGAAGGACACCAUCCUGCAGCUGAACCUGAAGGAAUACAACCUGGUGUGA